CAGUCUACACCCCCAGCAUUACACCCAGUUUCCUUCGGAUCUGUGUAUCCGUUAUUUUCGCCUUGAAGCUAACUCUAGCCAGUCUACCUUUAUCUGUAAAUGAUUGUGCCUAAUGGUCUUUCCUGUGUCGACUUGUGUUGAUUGGUCCAAAUAAGCAUCCGGGAUCUCUACACUACUAGCUAUUGACUGGGGUCUGGACACUCUUUUAACAUUGCCUGAAGUUGCAAUUUCGCCUGGGGAUAUUCUCCUCAUCACGAUACUUAACAUAAGAAAAAGAAGGACAGAAUACUUACUCCGCACUCACUUCCUUCCAAGUCAUACCUACUUAAUAUCCUCACCCAUCCCUAUACAGAACAGGUCCUACGCUUUGGGUAAAUUUACCUACGGGCUAUACAUCCUCCCAGGAGCUAAAUCUGGCCUCUUAGCCAGCAAAGCUUCCGGUCUUAUCCACAUCAAUGAUGGAAACCAAUGAACGAGUAGCGAACGAGACGUCGCCCCUGGUGGGAUCAGACAAUGAUAACGAUGCCGGCUCUAUAGCAGACCAAGACAUGCAGAAUGACGCUGAACCUGAAGACACUGGACAUUUACCGGAGACAAAGAGUACCUGGUACCUCUUCCUGCUGACGUUAUGUAUUGGUGGACUUCAAAUUGUCUGGUCAGUGGAACUAUCGAAUGGAUCACCCUACCUUUUAUCUCUCGGGAUGAGCAAGGCUCUGCUGGCUUUCGUUUGGAUUGCGGGCCCUCUGACAGGAACGCUUGUGCAGCCAUACAUCGGCAUUUGCAGCGAUAACUGUCGUUCGUCGUGGGGUAAAAGGAAACCCUUCAUGGUAGUUGGUGGCCUGGCAACUGUUGUGGCUCUGCUUGCUCUCGCAUGGGUGAAAGAACUUGUAGGCGGUUUUCUCGGUUUAUUUGGUGUCGACCAAGGGUCUACGGGGACCAACACAGCGAUCAUAGUCUUUGCAACUAUUCUGAUGUAUUGUCUUGACUUCGCUAUAAACACUGUUCAAGCAGGUAUCCGGUGCUUUAUAGUUGAUAACGCGCCAGCCCAUCAACAAGAAUCAGCAAAUGCCUGGGCUAGCCGGCUCACUGGCGUGGGUAAUAUUCUAGGAUACAUCUUUGGAUACAUCGAUUUGCCCCGCUAUCUCCUGUUCUUGGGUAACACGCAGUUCAAAGUAUUGUGCGCGCUAGCAUCUCUAUCACUUGGCAUCACAUUGUUGAUUAGCUGCCUGUAUAUUCAGGAACGAGAUCCUCGCUCCGAACCCACUUCCUCUACAGGAAACCCUGGAAUUGUGACCUUCUUCAGACAGGUCUUUAAGUCGAUUCGGUACCUACCGCCGCAGAUUGCCAGAGUCUGUGAAGUCCAACUGGCUGCAUGGGUUGGCUGGUUUCCUUUCCUCUUCUACGCUACGACAUAUAUCGGACAGCUCUAUGUCAACCCAAUCUUUGAUGAACAUCCGAAUCUCUCUGACAAUGAUAUCAACGAGGCUUGGGAGAAAGCUACCAGGAUCGGAACCUUUGCUCUUCUCGUUUAUGCCAUCAUUUCUUUUGUAGCCAAUAUAACAUUGCCGAUUUUCGUUGUCCCUACUUACCAGCCUGUUGCCUCACCCGAGGAGACCUGCAGCCCUUCAGAUGACGCAAGGGCCUUUCUAGGGAGGAGAAUGUCAUGCUCUAGCCUACCAGUCGGUACAGCCUCGGAGCCCCCUCCAACUAUCCCAGAUAAGACAAAUUUCGAAGUCCCAGACGGACCAACGUGUUUGUCGAAACUGCAGAUUCCAGGGUUCACGCUCCGCCGAGCUUGGCUUUUAUCCCAUGUACUCUUUGCGCUCUGUAUGUUUAGUACCCUUUUCAUCUCCAGUUACCAAGCAGCAACAGUGGUGAUCGGAAUAGUCGGGAUCUCUUGGGCUUUAACGCUCUGGGCACCUUUCGCGCUGAUCUCCGCAGAGGUGGCGCGGAUUGACACCGAGCGCCGGAUUCGGCGACAUCAGUCAGAGCUGGCAGGACGAAAUAUACGGCAUUCUACCGGCGCCUCCGAUCGGCCAAAUACGGUUACCGAUGACGAUGAUCUAGAAGAUGGAUUAACGUCACCAAGGAAGCUUAUGGACGAGGAAGAGAAUCUAGCACAAGCGGGGAUCAUCCUCGGGCUUCAUAAUGUGGCAGUUUCAUCGCCGCAGAUCCUGUCCAGCUUGAUUUGCAGUGCUAUUUUUAAGAUGACCCAGAAACCUAGAGGUGAACCAGCGGCGGACUCCGAGUCCGAUCCCGAUGAAGAUGUCCCGGAAGCUGGUACCAAGGAGUUCUUCAGCUCCUGGGCCCUCUUUAUUCUGAUUAUGCUCUUGAUGUUUGCGCUAUUCACCAGUUACAUUCUCCAGCAGAGGAAGAUCCAGGCGGUGCAUGAAACCGUCCUUUCUAUUUUUGCUGGUAUGUUCGUUGGGUUGAUCAUCAGGUUGAGUCCCGAAUCACCCAUCCAGGACAGUGUUACGUUCGAUUACCAAUUUUUCUUUAACCUCCUCCUUCCUCCAAUUAUAUUGGCCUCAGGGUACGAACUUCACCAGGCAAACUUUUUCCGAAACAUUGGUACUAUUCUUACCUUCGCGUUUGUGGGGACCUUCAUAUCCGCUAUCGUGCUGGGGCUUGUUUUGUAUGUUUGGACGCGGAUUCCAUUGGAUGGCUUGAAUAUCUCGUUCGUCGAGGCUAUCUCUGUAGGCGCUACGCUAUCUGCUACAGAUCCAGUUACUAUCCUCGCCAUAUUUAACCUAUACAAAGUGGAGCCGAAACUUUACACCGUUAUCUUCGGCGAGUCGAUCUUGAACGAUGCAAUUGCGAUUGUCUUAUUCGAGACCGCACAGAAAUAUGCAGAUAGCGACGCAGGCUCUCUGACUUUCCUCAAUCUAUUUGAGGCUAUCGGCCUGUUCUUACUUGUCUUCUUCGGUAGUAUGCUGGUAGGCAUGAUUGUAGGUAUCAUGACUGCACUGGGUCUCAAGCAUACACAUGUCCGCCGCGUGCCCAAAAUUGAGAGUUGUCUGAUCGUUCUUAUCGCAUAUGCAAGUUAUUUCUUCUCCAACGGCGUCUAUCUGUCUGGCAUUGUCUCUCUCCUGUUCUGUGGUAUCACUUUAAAACAUUAUGCAUACUACAACAUGUCACGCCGGACUCAAUUAACGACGAAGUAUCUGUUCCAGGUGAUGGCACAACUGUCAGAGAACUUUAUCUUUAUAUAUUUGGGACUCGACUUGCUUGUCCAGAGAAAUCUCCAGUUUAAGCCCCUUUUCAUCAUGGUAGCUGUCUUCGGUAUCUGCCUCGCUCGGUAUCUCGCCGUUUUCCCACUAUCCAAGGCAAUUAAUUGGUUUAUUCGAUAUAGAGCGCGCCGACGCGGAAUGGAAGUUGCAGAUGAGCUACCCUUCGCUUAUCAGGCCAUGCUCUUCUGGGCCGGGCUUCGUGGAGCUGUUGGCGUGGCACUAGCUGCAGGUCUCACUGGUGUCAAUGCUCCCGCAUUGCGAGCUACCGUUCUUGUUGUUGUCGUGUUGACCGUCAUAAUUUUCGGCGGCACCACAGCUCGAAUGUUGGAGAUCCUUGGUAUCCGAACAGGGGUGGUCGAGGAACUCGAAUCUGACGAUGAAUUUGACAUUGAAGUUACUAACGGGGGAACGUAUUACAAACGAUCCGAUACCGCGUUGGGAUAUACCCCCCGCCGCAUGGACUCAAAUAUCCCAUUAGAUGGCAUGCAGCGGGGAGAGCUUGACCGGAACGAUAGCUAUUCGAGCGGCAAUAACCGCCGUCCUAGCCCUCCACCAUCUAGUUCGGGAAAAGGUCGGAGACAUUCACGUCUCUACUCAAAUGCGUACAGCCAGAAGGAUGCGCAAACAGCCCGCGACCGUUCAUCCACAGCUACACUACUUGGCAGCGGCAUUGGGAGUCACAGUGACAGUAGUGCGGGCAGCGAAGAUGAGUUCGGUCUGAGAAGUCACGGUAAGGGCCGAGCGACAGAUACCGACCCUGUCGAUGCCUUCGAUUUAGAUGUGGAUGAAGUACCCUCAGACGACGACCUUCCUCCUUCAGCCCCUACAGUUUCUCGACUGCGGCGAUCACCCUCCCAACCACCCCAGUAUCUGGGUCCUUCACAAGCACAUUCUUCAGCAGCUACGGUGUCACCGUCGAGGCGAGAGACCGGGCGGAGCGCCAGUCAGGCUAUCCGGGACCUUUUCUCGGGAGGGUCGUCCGGAGAUCAUGGCGCCUGGUUUCGACAGCUGGACGAGGAUUAUAUCAAACCCCGACUCCUACUGGAUCAAUCGAAUCAUAAGGGGCCGGGUGCUGUGUAGACGUUGUUUCAUAUACCUAAAGUUUGCUUUCGAUCUAUUCAUUUUAUUACUAGUUUGUAGCUCUUCUAUACCAGCCAGCUCCAAGCAUAGUGUGUACUUUGUUCUUUUGUCAUACAUUGACACUACAGAGCCUGGAAACUCUACGGCACGUGUAUACUGGGAAGGAUUCAUGCAAUUGUUUCCAUGUUCGUUUAGAUAAGACCGUGGUCAAUGAAAGAAACCCUUUCGUCUCACUGUCUCCUAAAUUUGGUUUAUCUCUGGGGCUAUCAUUCCUCGAUAGAAGAACUAUG